AUGCAUCUGGUCAAGGCUUCUCUUCUCCUAAUUGUACUCAUUUUCGAGUCGACAAAUGCCAAAUUCCACCCUCAUUUCUAUAAUUUCUUACUUGGAAAGUUCGGAAAACCAAUUGCUGAAGAUUUGCUGCGGCCUGAUCUUGGAACUAAAGGAUCCUUCGGUGGCGGUAAUCCAAACGCAACGGGUCUUCCGAUUGUGGUGAUCCACGGGUUGGCUGGUUACGCUGGAUUAUCGAAGAAGAGUUUGCUGAAUAAGUACUACUCUUAUGGGCAACCAAAGGGAACGGUAUUCGCGACGACUUAUGCUAGAGGAAAGCUUAUGGACUCGUUGCAACAUGGCAUGCAAUGUGAUUAUGUGUUGAAGGUCCGAACUUUGAUCCUCGCUGUUCAUGAGUACACUCAGAAGCCAGUCAACAUCAUCGCGUGCUCCAUGGGAUCCCCAAUUACCAGAAAAGCAAUCCUUGGAGGACACUGUGUUGAUAGUGGAGUCAACCUUGGACGCCCAAUUAAUCAUCUCAUUCAUAACUAUGUCUCGGUUGCUGGGGCCAAUCACGGAGCUAUCAUGUGUGCCCGUCAACCAUUUGUCAAUGGAAUUUGCAGUUUGACUCAUGGUCUCGAUUGCCGAUCGAAGUUCUUGCAAGAAAUUAACUCACAACCAUUCCAAUACGGAAAAAACAUGUUCGCCAUCUAUUCCGUAGCUGAUGAAGUCGUUGGACUCCGAAACACUUGCGGAGAAAUGUCUUCGCCAUUGGAAGGAGCCACUCCAAUCGUCAAAACACGUCUUCUCCACGGUGCAGUCAUCGGCGGAACCACUGAGGAUCAAUGGAGAUCCCUCCAAACUCCAUAA